CGUCCCAAAAUACCAGGAGAGCCCCCGCCGCCUCUUCGAUUCCCCAAUCCCCACUUCCCCGUCUCUUCCACGGACCCCCAAAAAAUCCCAAAUUGCCGGCGGAACCCUAGCUCUGGUGCUACUGCCACCUCCACCGGCGGAAUCGGCGGCGGCUCCUUCCCGGCGCUACACCUCGGAGGUUGCGCUGCUCGGCCCGUCCCCGUCGCGUCCUUCCUCCGGCUACACCUUCAGGAUUUCGCGCCGCUCUCGUCCGAGGGCUUUGCACCGUCCUCUUACCUCUGUGCACAUGUGUUAUCCGUUCAUGUGCAAAGCAGGACGAUUACACCAUCAACGGGUGUCGGACAUGGACUCUUCCACCCUCCUUUGCCAGUGUUGUGUCAUGCUCGAGCAUGCCAUCAACUUGUGCCGGACACGGACUCCACAUGAAAUCCCUCCUUUGCCACAUAAUAGGCAUCGAGUGCUCUACGGAAGCAUCCAAUCUCGCUGUUCUACCAACUUCGCCGGAACACCGACCACCGGUGCUCCACCUGAGGUUGUUUUCAACUGGAGACAAAUCAGUGUUAUUGUCAUGCAUCGAAGAAGAGCUCGACCUUAUUGCUAACAUGUUUUAUUGCAGACCAUGCUGUAGAGUCGCACAAACCGCAAGUGCUGCUUUUGCUUUGUGACAUUUUCAGAUCCGCAGAUAGAUCCGCUGAUGGAUUUAAGUUUUCAUUCACCAACUACUCAAUUCCUCGGAGAUGAGGAUCGUUCUGUAGCUCAUGCGGAUCCAUCAGCAUGGAGAAGUUCGAUGAUUUUAAGGUUGGUGACUGGGUUACAGUCAAAGCAACAGUCCCGUCCCCAAAAUAGCCAUGCUACAGCCGAUGAAGUUAGGAUAGUUGCGAUUCAGGUUUGUGUGGAAAGUAAGCUGGUUUGCUCUCCCCGCCAUGACUCAUUUAUUCUGUGCAAUUUGACAUUUUCCUGGGCCUUCUGUUUGCAGUGUGGCACAUACAAAGAGAAGAUUAAGAGACUAAUUUCUUAAUGAUUUUGAUUGUGCAGCAUAAAAUAGUUACAUGGUUAUGUUGAAAAUAGCCAUGUUUUGCAGAAGAUAAACACAAGGACCCACUUCCUAUUUUUUUUCUAUGUCAUGUGCUUUUCCUACUGCAGGACUUUUGUAGGGAAAUUCACCAUGGGAAUUUAAAUAAUGGUUCCCUGCCCAUCAGUUUACUUUCUUGAAUUUAUUCUUCAUGCUACAGGCCACACUUUUCCUAUUUUGUUAAAGAAGUGAACUCAUUCCUAAACUUCCACCAUAUGUACAUUAACACUGGGAUACUGUGCCAACCCAGCAAUACUCUGAUCCUUCUUUGUACCACUGAUGCUUCUUUGUACCACGUCCAUCUAUCUGCCUUGAACAUAUACUGUUGUUUUGACAUCUGAUUGUACCUUUCUAUGUGAAAAUGAGAAGUGCUAGGUGCACAGAAACCUGCACUUCAUAUUUCUUACAUGCAUGAUUUAUUAUGUAUGAUCCUUUUUAUAUUGCUUACACGCGUGAUUUAUCUGAUUGCCAGUAGAACUAUUUGUGUUGCCAUGUCAGUUUGGUAACUUAAUACCUUCCAUCUUAUUCAUUGAUAAUGCUUUGAAGACACCGACAAUAAUAAUUAAAUUAAAUUGUGCCUGAACAUGUCAAUUGCAAUGACAGGUUCUCACCUAUUAACAAAGGAUCUCAUUUUAAAUCAAAAUUGUGGAUGCCCAGUAGGUGGUUGGCUGAUGGAGAGUGUUGCACUGCUGCUUAUUUAAUGGUCAGUAGUGCAGCUCCUGAUCAAGCCACUUUUCGUUUACCUUCAGUUUCUUUUGAUUUAUUAGCGUUUUCGUAGUGAAAAUAUGAAGACACAUUUUCUAAAUUACUUUAGGAUAUGUUUGGAAGAAUUUGCUAGAUUUUGGUCCGAUUAUAUUUUCCCAAUUCCUAUGUCAUCUCUCACAUGGCUAUGUGCUCUCUCUAAUUCAGCUCUCAAUUCCUAUGUCAUUUCUCAGUUCUGGGUGUUUUCCGUAUGGAUAUGUAAUUCAGCUUUAUCUUAUUCUCUGAAGUUUAAUGUUGAUUCCAUAGUUAUCUUUCCUUGUGAAGGAAAAACAGCAGGAAGGAAAUAGAGCGGGUUGUGUGUCAUCGUGCACGCAGUCUGCCUUCCAUUGGCGUGCGAGUACUUGCACUUGGAUCGCCCAAUUGUGUGUGCACAGCAGGGGACCAUGCGCUGGAACAUCGGAUUCAACCUACUCACAAGUUGAAGAGAAGGUUACGUAUGCUUUUUGUAAGCAGUACUAGAAUUUUUGAACAAUUAGUACUGCACCAGCGGUAAUCUGCAGGGAAGGCAAGGAUAACUAGAUUAAACAUUUCACAAGAUCCUCCCAAUUAUAGGCACAAUCUCCUUUUCAAGAUAUUAUGAGUGGUUGACUACCGGAGAUUAUCAGAUGGAAAGAUGGUUGUAUGAUCUUCGAGGCUGCUGCUUCUUUGUUAUGUCGGUCGAGGCUGUAUGAUCUCUGCAGGUUGCUGCUUGUUUGUUCUGCCAGUGGAGGUUUGCUCACUUCCUUUUCUAUCUAGCUGCUGCAUUCUUUUCUUUCGUAUGUGUUGUCAUGGUCAUUAGUUUAGAUUGUGUUAACAGUCAGGAUUUGGCAGAGUUGUGUUCUGUUUUGGCUCAUGCUUGCCCCUGUCUUAAGCGCUCAGUGCAUCCAUACUGAACUCGAAUGUGCGCGCUUCGGAAGAGAAAGUAAUGCCAACUACUAACUGUUAGCGUGAUUGGACAUCUGGUGUUUUGUCUGAUCAACCAUUUGUGUACACUAACUUCCAAUCAUGAAUCAUAUGCAGAUCAUAGCCAUCAUUGAACAUUUUUUCCAGAUUCCUCUUGCUAUCACCACAAGGGGAAAUUGCUUACGGUGGCAAUAUGCUCGUAGAAAGAAGUCCACAUCACCCCCUGUGGUUUCAGAAACCGGCUAACCCACCCCCCCCAACUCUGAAACCAGUUAACUAAUCCCCUGAGAUAUCUAAUACCAGCCAAGGCACCCCCUAAUCCCAAUUAAAGUGGUAUCUGCCGAUGGUUUUGCUUGCGUGCUGUACAGGAUGGCCACGUCGGCUUGGUAGGGUGGGUCUGAGACUUAACUGCUCCUCCGGUUUGUUUGGGCAUCGUCUCCCUUAUUUCCUUUCGACAAGACGGCGGCGGGGCAAGACGGGAUGAUCGCCGCUUGAAGGUAGCAGCGCGACGACUCCAGGAGUCCAGAUAUGAAACCACUCGGUUACCUAUCUGUUCGGCAGGCAGAACAAGGAGAGGGACAACGAGAGGAACAAUGUUCAGAAGAGAAGAGAAAUUCAGAGGAAUCUAGAGGAGAUGCAGAGGAGAUGCAUGAGGUAGCUGAAGAUGCACAUGUAUUCCAUCGACCCCAGAAGUUGCCAGUUUCUAGGAAGGUUGUGAAGGGAAGUGGCUCCAUAGCAGGAAAAUCAAAGGUGGCUGAAGGAAAAAGAAACAAAGGGGGUGAAGAUGAAUCCACAAGCAGUGAUAGUGAUUAUGAGGUUGAUUUAGAAGAAGAAGAAAAUAGUUCUGCCGAUGACGAAGAAGCAAUUGAAUUCAAAAAAUAUGCAAGGGAACUCAAGAACAAGGUCAGGGACAAAAUGCUUGGAGAAGAGGAUGAGAAAGUAGUUGAUGUGCCAGAGGAUUUCCUUGUCCCAGAGGAUUGCAAGCUUGAUGAUGGUGAUGGUGAUGUGACACCCUAUUUUGACAGCGCAGACGAUUUAUCUUAUGAUGAAGCAAGUGACAGGGAUGACAUGCCUAAGGGGAAGAAGACAGAGCACAAAGUUUAUGAUAGCACUUCUGAAAUUCCUUUAUUCUCUGUUGGUAUGGCCUUCCAUGACAGUAGGGUGUUCAAGAAUGCAUUGGUCAAGUAUGGACUGAAAACAUAUCACCACUUGUUAUUUCCAAAAGAUGAGAAAAGGAGAGUAAGUGCAAAAUGCAGUUGGCCUGGCUGUCCUUGGAGUAUUUAUGGGUCCAUUACUAGUAGGUCUGAUUGGUUUCUAGUAUGGAGGUACAAUAAUGAGCACACUUGCAUUCCAAGAAGGGACAACAAGCUGGUCACAUGUGGUGUCAUUGCAAAGAAGUAUUUUAGGCAAAUUAGGGACAAUCCAUCAUGGAAGGCAGAGCACAUUCAACAAGCUGUUCUUCAGGAUCUAGUAGCUGAUGUGUCCAUCUCCAAAUGCAAAUGAGCAAAGAAAUUUGUUAUGGAGAAGAUAAUUGAUCUAUCUGAUGGUGAGUAUGCUCGGGUUUAUGAUUAUCAGCUUGAGUUGCUUAGAAGCAACCCCGGUAGCACUAUCGCAGUGACAUUAAAUCCAGAAAUUCUUAAUAGUAAUGUGUUUGAAAGAAUGUAUAUGUGUUUAGAUGGUUGCAAGAAAGGAUUUCUUGCAGGAUGUAGAAGAGUGGUGGGGCUAGAUGGAUGUUUUUUGAAGGGCGCAUUCAAGGGGCAGUUGCUUUGUGCAAUUGGCAGAGAUGCAAAUAACCAGAUGUAUCCAAUAGCUUGGGCAAUAGUAGAGGUUGAGAGCUAUGAGUCCUGGUACUGGUUCAUUGCGUUUCUUCAAAAAGAUCUCCAGAUAAACAACAAUGGUGAAGGAUGGGUUCUCAUCUCUGAUCAACAGAAAGGUCUCAUCAGGGCAGUCAAUGAGCUUGUGCCUCAAGCAGAGCAUAGGAUGUGUGCAAGACACAUUUAUGCUAACUGGAGAAAAGAACACAGGGACAAGGUCUUUCAGAAAAUGUUCUGGGCAUGUGCGAAGUCAUCAGAUAGAAGCCAAUUCAAUUACAACAGGGCUAAGCUUGCACAAAACACAGUAGAAGGAGCAAGAGACAUGAUGAAAACCGCGUCGGAGCAUUGGUUUAGGGCCUACUUUAGGAUUGGCUCUUUCUGUGACUCAGUUGAGAACAACAUGUGUGAGUCAUUUAAUAAUGCCAUCAUGAGAUCAAGGUUCUACUCUGUAAUAACGGCAAUGGAAAUCAUUAGAAAGAAGGUGACUGUGAGGAUCCAACAAAAUAGAGCAAAGUCUCAGAAGUGGCAUGGAACCAUUUGCCCAGUCACAAUCAUCUCAACCUCCAUCAGCAUCAUCUUCUUAUCAACCAACACCUGGGUCGAGAUCUCAGCCAAUGUCAAACCAAUCAGGAUUCCAAUGGUGGUUAUAUGGCAAUAAUUGACUGCUAGUUACCUACCUACAUUGAAAUAAAUAUGAACUUGUGGUACAUCAUUCACUGUUAUGCAUGCUCUAGUUCAUGCUAUAUUAUGUAAAACUGGUACUAGUAGCACUUGUUCCCUGUUAUGUGACACAUAUACUGUUUUGCGAUGUGGGCAUGAUUUGUUCUUAUGUGAUUUCACUUCUGUGUUUAGAAAAAUUUGUUCUUCCAAAGUAAAGCUGAAACAGUACAGAUAAUUGUCGUCAUGUCUUGUUUAUUAAUUCUGCUAUUGCCAAUUUGCAAUAAUGAUGGCGAAUGUAAAUAAAAUGCUGCCAAUUUGCAACCAUGAUAAUUACAACAACAGAGUACUUUCAAUUCACAAAAACUUUCAUUCAUGUUAGAAGAAAAUAUUGCAUUCAGAUUACAUAUAUUGGUGCAUAUGCAACAGUUUGUAGACUCAGAAGUACAUUUCCUAAAUAAAAUGCUUUCUCUGAAGUCUUCUUUUUCAACUAGACUGGGACAACAACACCAGCGAGAGAAGAUAACACUUUUUGCAUGUACUGAUUCUCAAUCUCAACUAAACUGAAUUCUCUCUUCUCAUAGCAUUAGUACAUGCCUACAAAGAGUAUAAUGUACACCAUUUGGGCCCCUGAGAUGAUUUUGGGUGUAGUUUUCCUGAAAGAAUGGAUGCUCUGAGCAGCUUUCAGUUUGGGCUCUGCCAAAUCAAGGUCUAUUCGGGUCAUCUAGGAGAACAACUUGGUGAAAUUGUUGACCUUCUCGCCCCCUCCAACAGCAAGGUGUGACUUGCGUCCCUGAUGAUCUCUAGCCUGGAUUCCUUACCAAGAUGUUCGCACUAACCAACAAAAAACGCAACCACUGUUAUUCUCUUCUCCAUUUGAAGAAAAGCUAUGUUGUUAGUAUCAUACAGGAUUCAUGUAAGCUAAAGUACUACUCGCAUUUUACCUUUCAGUUUGUAGCAAAAAUUCGAUGGGGAACACCCAGCCCUUGUCUCCCUUGAGAAGUAAUAUAGACAACAAAUUGAACCAACGACGCAUUCUACUCGUAAAAAAAUUCCAACGAAAGCAAAACAGGGCAUUGACUUCAAAAAAGUUUAAAGUUCAGUAUAUCUGCAUCUGUACUGUCCCAAUUAAAACUCACGAUGUACACUGAACAUAAACUCCAAGAUAAGAUUGUGCUGCUCCGUUCAGCCAUGGCAAGGGCGCUCCUUGUUCAAGGUGCUUCCAGGUCAUGGGAGAAUAAUGGAUCAGGGGAGGAGAGGGGCGGCCAUGGCAGCGAAAACGGGAGGAGAAGAACCAGAGAACAAACAAACAUCUAGCUUCAGCCCGCAGCCAUGGCGACGAACAGGAGAGGAGGAAGAGAUGAACUAUGGGGUUGGGGAUUGGGGAUUGGAUGAAUUAGGAACAGCCGGCGGCCCGUGCUCAUAUCUCCUGCGCCUCCUACCAAGCCGACGUGGCCAUCCUGUACAGCCACGCAAGUAAAACCAUCGGCAGAUACCACUUUAAUUGGGAUUAGGGGGUGCCUUGGCUGGUAUUAGAUAUCUCAGGGGAUUAGUUAAUUGGUUUCAGAGUUGGGGGGUGGGUUAGCCGGUUUCUGAAACCACAGGGGUGAUGUGGACUUCUUUUUAUGCUCGUAUGCUGUCUGACUCUUUUUAUUAAGAUGGAGAAUAACUUUUAGUUCACUAAGAUUAGUUCCUGUUCUCGUUGCUCCGUAUAUAAAAAAGGAUCGCUGUGCUGAAAUGGUGUAUGACAUUCUGGCAAAACAUUGUUUAGUAAAAAAAUAUGUAGAGGUGAACUUUAGAGGUGAAAUGUUGUGUAUGUUCUGACAGGGAGAUGAUUGGACUAACUUUAACGUCACACCUUAUUCAAUAUCUGGCCAUUGGGUUCCUACCAGUGCCAUGUGAUAUUUACUGGACUAUAAAUCACAUGCUUGCAAGUCGUUGUGUCGUCUCUCUCUGUAACCGCCCACCUCCCAUCAUCUUGGCUUGCAGGUCACCGCCGUGUCUCCGCCCAGUCCGCAAUGUAUCGUGUGAAGGUGGGAUUAACAGGAUACAUACCCUGCCGCUUCAUAUUCUACAGCGAGCAGAGCAGGCCCAGGAAAACCUUUCGUGGGCCGGACACCGAGCAGUCCAGGACAGUAAAACCUUAAAUACUUUGUAGAUACUGUUAGACAUGCACAUAUUUUUUGGCUAAUUAAUAAAGGAGUAAAGAUAAUACAUGCUUAUGCCUAAGUGGUUGCUAAAACCUUUUUUUAUUGAGAAAGACAAACCUUUUCAAAACACUCUGGUUGUGAAAGACAAUUCUAUCUUAAUUUUCAUACCAAGGCAUGCAUUUUCGUUUUAGAUUAGACUCUAUACUACUAAAAUAAGCCGUGUAUAUCUAGAUCACUAUACACAACAUUCCAUCAUGUUUCCUGUCAUUAGGGGAUUAAACACAUGGAAAUUCUUUUCAUCGCGUAAAUGGCUUUAGCAUGCCUCUGCGCCAUUUGGCUCAACGGGUCAACUAGUAUUAGAAAGAAGUAAAGAACCUAUGCAAAAAUCCAUCUAUGCACCCGAGCGCAUCUACUUCUGAGCUCCCUCAAAAGAAAAAAAAAUCUGCUCCUAAGCUAUAGUAAAUUCAAAAAAAAAGCUAGAAAAGUUCAAAAGACGAUUUUUUAUGAAAGAUGCUCGAGUGCGUGAUGUUACUCUAGUCUCAAGUGUGGUGGUUUGGGGUAAAUAACUCGUUUAAUGCGGCGCUCACCGGCGACCGUCGCAUCCAGGUGUGCCGGCUCAUCAUUUCCGACAUGAUCAUGCUGUGCUGACGCGUUGCCUGAUCGAACGGCUGGUGCGGCGGAUCAAUUGAUGUCGAUGUCGCUGUUGUUCGGUUGGUGUCGAUCGGCACACACUGAAUUGGGUUGGUGUCGAUCAGCACAUACUGAAUUGGUCUGAAUAAGAAAUAAGCACCCUGGAUAUUGCAAUAGUGUUGAGCAGAACUGUGGAUAAUAGGUUUGGACGAAGUGAAUUGCAAAAAACCACCAUAAUUGAGGAUUCUAAUUUAGAAAAUCACAACCUUUCGUUUUCUUUUUUUCAAAAACCUGCUGCAAUUGUGUUGACAAUUUUUAGAAAACACUGAUUGACCGAUUAGAGCGGCUUCAGUGAAAACCAGACGCCUGCAACCCGCGUGUAAGUGAUGGCGUGUCAAGAAAAGUCAACAAUGUUUGCAUAGCUCGUUAAGUUGAUAUAGGCCCACUUGUCAGCAUCUCCCGUCUCUCUCGACCCCUCUCUGGCAUUCCGUCGAGCAGCUCAUGAGCUCGCCGGAGAGCUCGCUACCGGCACCUUCGCUCAUCCAUGGCCGCUACUGUGAUGGAAGAUGUAGACCGGCGACGUUGUGGAGUAGCUCCUCACCAGAGUCGAUGGCGGCGAGGUCCUGGUUCGAGCUCGGAUUAGGAGUCGUACCAGUGCUCAUCUUGUGGAGAGGUGCUGCCCGCCGCCUUCCACCAUGGCGUCCCCGUCGACGCUCAAUGGCCGCCGUCCCGCACGAUGGUGCGCACGAGCGGCCAAACUCCCGUCGCCUCUCCCUACUGGCCGAGGCCCGGCAGCCACGGCGGUUCCCGUGGCCCCCUCGUCCCCUUUCAUAAGUUGGCCGCCUUUGCGGCCCCGGUGCUCCCCGUGGAGGCAAGCAAGGCUCUCGGUGGCUGGAGGCAGUGGCGCUGCAAGGCAUACUUGCGGGCGGGUGUGCGGCGGCGCUGCAAGGCAGGCUCGCUAGCGGGCGCGGGGCAGCGGCGGGUGCGCUGCGGCAUGAUGGCUGUGAUUUGGAGUUGGACUGAUGAUUUGCU